CAACAUGCACACGUUUGUGGAAACAAGCGUGUUGAUCGUGUUUGAGUUGAGUUCCACGUGAAUAAAAAAAGCAUCAUGUGGACGUGUUGUGACGGGCAAUGACGUGACGUCAUCUUAUAUCGACGUCUCCGUCAAAUGACGAAACCAACCUUAAACCACCAUCGAAGAAGAAAAAGGCGGAUGUUAGCGUGGCUUCGAGACCCCAGGUUAACGACGCGACGACCACCAGAACAAUGGCGUCCUCCGAACAGAAAGCGCGACAACGUAAACAACUGGAAGCUGUUGGAAAGAAUCACAUCGCUUUAGAUGUCCAGAAGCUGAUUGUUCUUCAGGGAAAGCAUUCCCCCAAGUCGCAGGAGAGCAGUUUGGAGCAAGAGGCUCCAGAGCCCUUCCACAUCGAAAAGGAAGAUGAAGAUCCACAGCUCCCACAUGUUAAAGAGGAGGAGGAGGAGGAGGCUGACAUCAGCAAGUUGCUAUUGACUGCUGUCUAUGUGAAGAGUGAAGAUGACAAAGACAAACCACAUGGUCAGCAGGAGGAGCUUCCACCUCAGUCGCAGUGGGGGAGCUCCAGUUUGCAGCAAGAGCAUCCACGGCACCUCCACAUUAAAGACGAAAAGGAGGACGCUGACAUCAGUAAAUUGCCACUGACUGAUGUCACUGUGGAGACUGAAGACAAACAACUCAAGCUGUCACGACUUCAUUUUCAUAGUCCAAGUGGAGACCCCUGUGUUAGACCACCACCAGACAACUUCUUAGCUCCACUGUCAGACAGUGAUGACAUUGAAGAAUCUUUGUCAAGCGACGUAGACUGUGAAGGUGAUGACAAACAGUUGAAAUGCUUUGAAAAGGAGACAACUCCUGGCAGCAAGGAAACUUCGCAAACAUGUAGAAAAUGUUUUCCCCACUCAGUUUGUGUCAAACAUUUUGCUAAAAGACAUCAGACUAUUAGCUACAUUAGAACACACAGAGGAGAAAAAUCCUUUCCCUGUUCACUGUGUGGGAAAACAUUCUCUCGAAAGGAACAUUCGGACUCGCAUAUGAGAACACACACAGGAGAAAAACCCUUUUGUUGCUCAACGUGUGGUAAACGAUUCUCUGUCAAGCCAAACAUGUUAUCACAUAUGAGAACACACACAGGAGAAAAGCCCUUUCGCUGCUCAAUGUGUGAUAAAACAUUCUCUCAUAAGGCACAUGUGGCAUCGCACAUGAGAAAACACACAGGAGAAAAACCCUUCAGUUGCUCAACUUGUGGUAAAACAUUCUCUCAUAAGCCAAACAUGGUCACACACAUGAGAACACAUACAGGAGAAAACCCCUUUUGUUGCAGAGUUUGUGGUAAAACAUUCUCUCGGAAGGAACAUGUGGCAUCACACAUGAGAACACAUACAGGAGAACAACCAUUUUCUUGCUCAAUUUGUGGUAAAGGAUUCACUUUAAAGCCGAACAUGGUAUCACACAUGAGAAUACAUACAGGAGACAAACCCUUUUGUUGCUCAACUUGUGGCAAAACAUUUUCUCGAAAGCCAAACAUGGUAGCACACAUGAGGCUACACACGGGAGAAAAACCUUUUUGUUGCUCAUCUUGUGGUAAAACAUUCUCUAGGAAGCCAAACAUGGUAAAACACAUGAGAAUACACAAAGAAAAACUUCAUUGCUCAUAGUGUGAUAAAACAUUCUGUCGUAGGCCACACGUAAAACAUAAGAACACGCACAGGUGAUUAACUCUUUUGGCGAAGGUUAUGCUCACAAGAGUUUCACUGCACAUGUGGACACUAAAGGAGAAUAAAUGUUUUACAGUAUUCUCUGCAAUACUGCGGCAUUUGAAACAGAGCACAUAUUGUUUUUAUUGAGUUUUUUCCUGAAAAGUUGCAAAUCCUUUAUGCUCCCAAAAUGUUUAAAAUGGCCUUUAAUAAUAGUUAUCCUGUAAAUGAACCACACAUUAGUAUUGAAAAACAACAAAAUAUCACUUCAAACUCAUCUUGUCUCAAUCUUUUAGAAAAAUGCACAAGUGGGGAAGGUGCUCUGUGACUUAUGCUAACAACCCAGGCUAAACUUAGCACCCCCACCCCCACCCCCCCCCCCCCUCGACAUACUGUACUUUUAUAAUUGUUUCCCAAUAUUCUUAAUACUCAAAUACACUUUUGACAACGGAAAAUAACAAAAAUAGUGUGGCGACAGAGAAGCCGUGCAAUGUCUUUGCAUUUUUUCUUUUGAUAGAUUUCCUGCACCUUCACCGUGGAUUAUAUGAUAAUAACUUCCCAGUCAUUUUCCACUACACUUUAGAGAAUAAGAGUUCUGCUAUUCGGUCAAAUGCUUUCGGGCAGAUGGGCAGCAGUUUCUUCAAAUCACCAGCAACAAAUUAGUACUUGUUAAGUGAUAUUGUUGUCUCAUAAAUAACUUAUUGGUUUGAGGGAAUAAAUGUAAUCAAAUUACUUUUCCGGGUACAAUAGCGUGUUAUAAUGCUUGUUACUCAAAAUGGGGGUAAUUUUGGAGGAACGUGUCACCGGUAUCACCGUUAAUUAUGCAUUCAUCUUCCGUUCCAUUUAUCUUCACUAGGGUCGCGGGCGUGCUGGAGCCUAUCCCAGCUAUCUCCGGGGGAGAGGCGGGGUACACCCAGAACUGGUUGCCAGCCAAUCGCAGGGCACAUAGAAACAAACAACCAUUCGCACUCACAUUCACACCUACGGGCGAUUUGGGGUCUUCAAUUAACCUACCCUGCCUGCAUGUUUUUGGGAUGUGGGAGGAAACCGGAGAACAGGUUGAGUGCCUGUCUCCAACUUCUCCAGGGUCAGAGGUCAUUACCAGUGGGAGAUCAGCUCUUGGGUGCCAGGAGGAUGAAAGAAAAGUGCAGUUUAUCCUCACAGAUUCUUCUGUGAUCGAGCGGCAAUUCACGCCACACUGGGAUCGAGGAUAUGAGAAGAUUAGUCGCCGACAGAUGUCUCACAGCUACACGGGAUCUUAAUCUCGUGCCGCCCACGUCUCCUCAUCGGCCAACCCACAUGCAAACGCUUCUUGGUCAAGUAGGUCGACUUUACCUUAUCAGAAUAACAGGGUUGAUGCAAUAGAUAUUCUGAGGUGUGUACAUUUAGCAUAGCACAAAUGACCUCAACCUCAACUGCUGUGGAUCCAGCCUUCAGUAUAACAUACUCAUUUCAACCUCCAGAUUCCAUUUGUCAUAGUCCCUCCUCUCUUCCUUAUGUUAUCCUUAUGUUAGUUGCUAUAACAAGUCAUCUUGUUUUGUGUUUGUUGAAAGAAUGUACACGGUGUAACAAACCCCAGUAUGUGGCAGCGUUUAAGAUAUGAGACUGAACACAUUUUCGCUGCUUUUAUUAAAACUGGGUGGUUCUCCAAAGUAAACUUCAACUGGAAUAUUGAAAGUUAUGCUUUUGUUUAUUAGACCAAAAGUAGAGUGCUGGCAUUAUGAUCUCUGUCAAUUCAUCACGUUACCCAACAACU